CUUUCUCCCCCACUAUUUUCUCCAACCCUAAUCGCCGCCGCCGGGACACGACCGCCGUCGAUGACCUGCCCCCUCGACCAGGUACCUCACCGCCACCGCUGGGACACAUCUGCUGUCGACGACCUGCCCCCUCGACCAGGUACCUCACCGCCGCCCCCUUACCUCUCAUCGCGUCGAUGAGCUGCGUCGUCGCCGACUUCACUCGCCGCAUCCCGCUCUAUCUCAUUGCCAUCCGCAUUUCUCUCGCCCCUUCCACCUAACACGCCCCAUCCACCUUUCUCUCGCCAACCCCUAAACUCUAACCAUCGCUGGAUUUGGGUCAUCGUAGACGACCUUGAUGGUGAACACAAGGAGUCACAGAAGUCAGAAAGGUCCACAAGAAGAAGAAGUUAAACAUGAGCUAACUGAUUAUGAGAGAAGACGAGAUAAACAAGUGGAGGAGAAUAUAAAGAAGAUGCAAGAUUUGAGUCUGAACAAAUAUACUUCUAUUCUAAAUAAAUCUUUAUCACCAUUUGCAUCAACAAAGGGGAAAAAUGCAGCAAACAAGAUAACUAAUAGUUCAGAUUCAGAUUCAUAUGUAUCUGUCUAUCUCCUUGACGAUGAUGAUCAAGGAAAUACUGAUGAUGAUGACACUGAAUCUUAUGAGCAGCCACAACCCCUGGCAAUUAAGUUAUCUAGAAGAGCUAGAAACACAACCCUUGCUUCAAAGAAGAAGAGAAACCCCAACAUGGCUCCAGGAAUUAGGUUCAGCAAGAGAGUGAGGGCAGGUCCACAACCAGAGGAGCAAUCAUAAAAAAGGCUUCACUCUACAGAGACAGAUGACCACAAUGUACAGGAACCAACAGAUGCUAAUGAUGACAUACCAAACAGCCCUACUACACCUGGACUUGCUGAUCAUUUCAGCAGAGCUGCAGAGGAAGCCAUGGCAUCUGCUGCUCAUGACAGUACAGGUGAUGCUGAAGGCAACAACCCUACUAUAGCUGGACUUGCUGAUCAUUUCAGCAGAGCUGCAGAGGAAGACAUGGCAUCUGCUGGUCAUGACAGUACAGGUGAUGCUGAAGGCAAUGUAGCUAGAGAUGAAGAAACUGAAGCUCCUACACAACGAGCACCAUGGAGACCCAGGGCAGCAACUAAGGGAAAACAAUUGGACAGGAUGACUAAAGUUAUGCAAAGGAGACUGCCCAUAGCUGUCGAGGAAGGCAAAAAAAGGCCACAUGAACCUGUUCAAGCUGCCAAGUUUGCAUCAGAGGCUGGUAUCAUUAUUUGGGAAACCAUGCCUAUCCUAACUCGUUGGAAAGAUUACAAGGACGACCAGAAAUACUACAAUAGCUUUGUGUCACAGCUAAAUGGGCGCUUGUCCGUUAACACUGAGGACAAGGCAACAAAGGAAGCUUGCACCGAUAUGCUACGCUCUGCGUUAAAAAACCAGCGUUAUCGGCUCAAGCAGAAAUACUUCAAUGGUGUACCUGCAAAUGAGAUUAGGACAACUUCUCCUGUAUCUUACAUGACUGAUGAACAGUGGAGGGCAUUAGUUGCAAAGUGGUCUGAUCCAAAGAACAUGGAAAUAAGUGAAAAGAACAAGCAGAACCGCAGUCAAGUCAAGUUUCAUCAGGCUACGGGUUCUCGCUGCUAUGUGGCACACUUACAUGCAUAUAAGCAGAAGAGAAACAGAGAAGAACCCAGCUUAGAUCAGACUGAAGAACUAGAUGUGGUGGACGCCUUCAAGACCUGCCAUACUAGCUCCAAACGUGGCCUGAUUGAACCGGCAAGAGAAGCACUUUAUCGUAUGGAGGCUUUGAGGGCUGAACCUGUUGCUGAAGGUGAGAUUGCAGCAUCCAGUGUGCACCUAGUGUCCAAGGUGUUGUCCCAGAGUAGCUCACACCAAUUCCUGAAGAGCGUUGGCAUCAAAACAUCGGCAUCCUCCAAGGCAUCAUCAUCAAAUCAAAGUGAGCUUCGGGAACAACUUGCAGCUGAAGCGACGGCUGCUGUUCAAGGUGAACUCGACCAGCUCAGGAAGAAAUGUGAAGAAGCUGAGGAACAACAGGCGACGACACAAAGGGAGUUGGAGGAGUACAAGAAGAUAACAGAGAAGAACAACAAGGAGAUGGAGGAGACCAAUGUGCUCAUCAAGAAGCUCUUGUCCUUGCAUGAUGUCUUACAAUAGGCGCCGAGGUGGAAGGUGUGCCUAGCAAGAGCAACAAACACCCCAAGAUGAAGCCCCCAGCAGCAGUUGCCACCACCACCCCCAAUGACAAUCGAGCAGAUGUUUCUGAUGCAGACUCAGGCAGUCCAAGCGAUUGGUUAGACCCUGGCAGCCAUGCAAUAGGUGCAGCAGCAUGCGGAGUUCAUGAGGGGUCAUCCCCAAGUGUUUGCUCACUCUGCAGACCCCAUGGACGCCGAAGACUGGUUGCACACAGUGGAGCGGGAGCUACAUACCGCUCAGUGCAAUGACCGGGAGAAGGUCCUAUAUGGUCCUGGUGGGAGUCCUACCUCGCCACCCAUGCUGACCCUGAAGCCAUCACAUGGGAGGAGUUCAGAGACAACUUCCGUCGGUACCACGUGUAACACCCCUGGUGUUACUUCUACUAAAGCUUGGGCAUAACAUCGUAAGCCUUGGCAUAUCAUGUAAUACAUUCACCAGACAAAAAAUUCAAACAAGUUGAAUUGA